UGGGAUGGGUUGAUGUUGCCACGGUAAUAGAAGAGGCGACCACUCACAAAAUCAUCGAGCCGGGGCUGAAAUGGGAAAAAAAAUAAUCAAGUGGAGGGGUGUGGAAAGUGGGUUAGAGGGUGAGGGACUGAAAGGAGGAGAGGAGGGGGAAAUCAACAACAACAACAGCCGUGGAUUAGGCAUCGGCCGAGCAAUCAGGAAGUCUAUUUAGGACAAAGCAUCGUUAAAAAUCCUCCCAGACUUUAGCAGUGAUUGUCAGAGCUGAGCUGCCAGUCCGAUUGGACAGUUGCUCAAUAUCUAUGGGGAAGCACACAAAGGAAGGAUGAAAUAAGACAGGUGAAAAAUGAAGAACUUGCUCCUUCACUGCUGUCAUAUUUCACUGCUGGCGAUGAGUGAGAGGAGGUAAGCUGGCCGGUGUGAUGCCUGAUGCCAAAAUAGAAACAGGGAGAGAGAGAGGGACAUCGCUGGAUAUGAAGAGCCUGCAGCAAUAAGGCCUGGCAAACAAGAGCAGAUAGAGAGAAAGAGAGAGAGACAGCAAAGAUGUGAGAGAUAGAUUGAGGGUAGAGGUUAUUACUGUGGCGCGAGAUGGGUCGACAGAAAUAGAGUCUGCUGGAUUUGUCACCUCCAGUGCCACACCUCGGCUGCAUCAUCCCAAUGCUCCAUCCUGGCUGCAGCAGCUUUUACACAUGGGAUUUGCUUGUUUAGGAGGACAAUUAAUGAUCAGUAAAUAAUUUGGAAUGAUCGGUUGAACACCUUGGAGGCUCUCUGAGGAUUUAAGCCCCCGGCAUGUGAAAAGGACAAACUGUACUGUCUUUUAUUGAAUUGGAUGUCUUCUGUUUUUCUUCAGAAGAGGAAGAAUCCCUGCCUGCCCACACAACAAUGCAAAAUUAGGGACUAUGUUCAUUCACCAUCAAGAAUUACUGUCUGCAGCUUGCCAGAGCUAUUUCCAUAAAGAUAAGCACCUGUGCUUUUACAGACUGGUCAGUCAGUGAACACAGCCCUGUUAUCACUGUGUGAAGAUGAAGAACUCAUUGUCCGACCAUUUUCAAGGAAAGCUGACUCAACCUAAAUGAGAAAGACAAUGAAGGUGGGCGUAUUGGAAGUAUACAGUGGCAGCACAGUUAGCCGAAUGAUUAGAGAGCUUCCUGAAAUAAUGCAGUGCUGUACUGUGAAUGACAUGCAGAAUACUGUACUUGCCUUCUAAUGACAGGACAGACCUCACAGCGGGCCAACUGACCUGACUGACCGUGCGUGGGUUGCUCACUGACUGGAGCUGUGGCUAUUUGAGGACUUUAAGGACACGUAGCCCCAGGCAGGUACUGGCCGGAGUUGGAGCCCCACCAUGGGGGAGACGGCAGAAUACCAGAGGCUGCAGGAGACGUCAGAGUCUGACUACCAACGCCUGCCCAGCGAUGACGAAGAGAAACUGGGCGGUAGCAUGCAGUGCGAGGAAGGCACAGAAUGGCUACUGGAGCUGCUGAUGGAGGUGCAGUUGCAGCAGUACUUGCUGCGGAUCCGGGAUGACCUUAAUGUCACACGGCUGUCACACUUCGACUACGUCAAGAAUGAAGACUUGGAGAAGAUCGGCAUGGGUCGACCUGGGCAGAGACGACUGUGGGAGGCUGUGAAAAGGAGGAAAGCCAUGUGCAAGCGCAAGUCCUGGAUGAGCAAGGUGUUUAGUGGUAAGCGUCCAGACGGCGGAGACUUCCCCCAGCAGGGCCAGCCGGCCUCUUCCUUUCGUAAGCUGUCUCCCACACCUCCACUGGGUCUGGGGGAUGGAGUCCUGGCCACACAGCCCGAUGGUGUCGCUCCUCUUGACGGGCAGCAGCAGGCUCUGACCUGCCUUAUCCCAGAGAAGGAUCUGACGCUGUUUGAGAAGCUGGGGGACGGCUCCUUUGGUGUAGUGAAAAGAGGAGAGUGGCUCACGCCCGCAGGGAAGGUGCUGAACGUGGCUGUGAAGUGUCUGAAGACAGAUGUGCUCAGCCAGCCCGAUGCUCUAGAGGACUUCAUCUGUGAGGUCAACGCCAUGCACUCCCUAGACCACCAGAACCUCAUUCGCCUCUACGGUGUGGUGCUCACACACCCAAUGAAGAUGGUGACCGAGCUGGCUCCCUUAGGUUCUCUGCUGGAGCGUUUGCGAUGUGUUCGUCUACAGGGCCCAGUGUUGAUCCACACUCUGUGUCAGUAUGCUGUACAGGUGGCCUGCGGCAUGGCCUAUCUGGAGCAGAGGCGGUUCAUCCACAGGGACCUGGCAGCCAGGAACAUCCUGCUGGCCUCAGCUCACAGAGUGAAGAUCGGUGACUUUGGCCUGAUGAGGGCGCUGCCCAACAACCAUGAGCACUAUGUCAUGCAAGAGCAUCGAAAGGUCCCCUUUGCAUGGUGCGCCCCAGAGAGUCUGAAGACCAGAACGUUCUCCCAUGCUACAGACACUUGGAUGUUUGGAGUCACUCUCUGGGAAAUGUUCACACAUGGUCAGGAGCCUUGGCUGGGCCUCAAUGGGAGCCAGAUCUUGCACAAGAUUGAUAAAGAAGGCGAACGCCUCCCUAAGCCUGAAGACUGUCCGCAGGAUAUCUAUCAUGUUGUGCUGCAGUGUUGGGCUCAGAAACCAGACGACAGACCCACCUUUGUCGCCCUGCGUGAGUUCCUGCUUGAGACCAUGCCCACAGACAUGUGUGCUCUGCAGGACUUUGACGAGCCUGACAAACUCCAGAUCCAGCUCAGUGAUGUCAUCACUAUCAUAGAGGGGAGGGCUGAGAACUACUGGUGGCGAGGUCAAAACAAGCGGACCCUUAAGGUCGGACCGUUCCCUAGAAACGUGGUGACGUCAGUAGCGGGUUUAUCGGCCCAUGACAUCAGCCGGCCGCUCAAGAACAGCUUCAUCCACACAGGACACGGAGACACCAACCCUCAUCGCUGCUGGGGCUUCCCUGACAGGAUUGACGAUUUGUACCUCGGUAAUCCCAUGGAUCCUCCUGAUGUCCUUGCUGUAGACCCCAGUGGUGCUCGACCCACACAGCUACCAGGACGAGCUAAAAAAGAGCCUCCUCCCCGACCUCCUCAGCCAGCACUGUUAAUCAAGAGUAAGUCUGGUUUCUCUCAGCAGCUCCUCACCCAUUGCUCCUGCCCUCUCUGUUCCCUCCUAGCACCACUCCUCAAAGAGCCUUGUUAUGAUUCAGUAAACGAUGAUGAGGAUCUGACUUCGGCAGGGCUAAAGAGGUUAUCACUUCGGAAAACGGGUUCCAUCAAAGGCUUAAAACUGAAACCCGCUGCAUGGGUCUCUGCUUGCAAACAGGGGGGUGGCCGGACUUCAGGCUCAGGCCACAACCACAACAGUGAAGUGUCCCUCAUUGACUUUGGAGAGGAGUUCCCCCCACCCACACCAUCCCCCUCCCCUGUGGUUGAAAUCCAGAUUCCUUUACUGGCAAAGCUAGCUUUGGAAGCAGAGAACAUCCUGGACCGGACUCCAUCUCAGAGUCCAUCCAGAUCGCUUCCCCGCCCCCUUCACCCUACGCCAGUAGUGGACUGGGAUGCCCGGCCAUUACCCCCACCCCCUGCCUAUGACGAUGUGGCCCAAGACGAAGACGAUAUGGAGGUGAGCUCCAUCAACAGCUCAGAGCAACAGCAUGAAGAGGAGCAGAGUGAUGUCCAUAACCCAGAUCAGGCUCCCAUCUCCGGACUGAAGGGGGAGAAUGAGGCUCUUGUCUCCAGGGGUCUAGACAGAUCAGGCCUGGAGGACAACCUCUUUCUCCCCAGCAAGCCGACCCAGGUUCUGUCCACCUCCUUCUCCCAGUCAGCAGAGAUCUUCCAGGAACUCCAGCAAGAGUGCAUGAGGAAACUAAAUGUACCGACUGGAAGUGCGACACGGUCAAGCUCCCCAUCCCAGAGCUCAGUCAUGAGUUCCCAGAAUCCACAAACCCAUGAGGGGCACCAGCAGAGUGUCUUCUUCUCCACUGAGGACAGACCCCAGGUCCCCCCACGUGUCCCUAUACCCCCUCGCCCCAUAAAGAGGGGUGACUACACAUCUGCUCGCUGGUCAAGGGAUCUUUCCCUGUCACCUACGCCAACAGACACCACAGAGGACGUUUCAGGCCCAAACCGGCCACCUCAGAUUCCUCCCAGGGACCUUUUGUCCCAGCCGGGCUCCAGGACUCCCAGCCCCAUGGGCCUGGUAGUGGGCUCCCCCCAGCAGAGAGUCUACUCUGUCAGCCCCACAACCAUGCAGGCUCCUCUUAGCUCCUGCCCUUCCACACACACCUUUGGCUCCUACCUCUCCACCUCUCCAGGUAAACUCAUGCCUCCCACGCACAGCUUUGCCUCAGAUCCUAAAUAUGCUGCACCCAAAGUGAUCCAGGCGCAGGGGAAGGACACCGCCAGCAAGGGCCCCUGUAUCCUCCCCAUCGUCCGCGAUGGACGUAAAGUCAGUAACACACAUUAUUACCUACUGCCGGAGAGGCCCCCAUACCUCGACCGCUAUGACCGCUUCUUCAGGGAGGCAGAGAGCCUGCCUGUCAGCGGUGUGGAGGAAAGGCAUGUACGGCAAGUUAACACUGCCACUGUCAGACCCAUGGUGGUCAGCAGCCAGACUCUCCAGGGAAAGGGGCUUGUCCAGCCGAGCGAGCCGAAGGCUAAUUUCUCCUCCAACAAUAACAGCAGUCUGGGAGCACCCCGAUCAGGGAUGAAGACAUCAGUUAGUCUCCCUCGCGUCUGUUCAGACGGGCUGACAGCAGCGGUGGUGGUCACUGGUUCUUGCAUCAGGACAGAUGGAGGAGCGAACUCAGCUGACAGGCUCAAAAUGGUGCAGGAGGCAGUUCACGGUGUCACAAUAGAGGAGUGCCAAGCCGCCCUCCAGAACCACAACUGGAAUGUCCAGAAAGCUGUGCAUUAUCUAAAGGUGGAGCAGUUGUUCUGUUUGGGCCUGAGGAGCAGGUCAGAGUGUCUAAAGCUGCUGGAGAUGUGUGACGGGAACCUGGAGGUGGCUAGCAAUCAGUUGUUAGAUAACUAUGGAUCCACAACAAAACAGAGAUGGUGACAUAAAUCGCAAGCUGCUGAUCUCUGAUUGGACCUUCAUUCUCAGUAAAACAUCCUCAUAGGAUGUGAAUCUGUUCCUGACCCUUCUUAUUUAUGCUUCAGACACGCCUCCAAUCAGAAGACUGUUUUCAUUCUGACUAUAGACGAAUCAAGCACAUUUUCACUGAACUAGCACAAAAUACCAAACUGUAUUACGGCUCUUUCCAGGAAUUACACCUGGGUGGUAAAAAUAGAAGACUUUGGGUUAUUUGGAUUUUGGUCUGAAAGAUAUGUGAUUGUUGCACUUAUUAAGAAAUUGUAGAAUGCCCUCUCCCACCUUUUCCAAGUUGUUGGACACAGAAAUGGCAUUGUACUUUGUGAGUUCAAUUUCAUGUGGUGAACCUGAAAUGUCACAGAUCCUGGGUGCUACCACACUGUGUCAGAUCCACUUACUGGUUUCCUCACUGCCGCAGUUACAUUGUUGACCAGCUGCUGAGAGAUACUUUAUCCAUCUUUUUUUGUUGUCAUUAAAAAGCCAGUUAGAAAGUGACACCAUAUAUCGCCAUGAGGCAAUUGUAUGUUGUCAGAAUAUUGCAUAAGAACUAUUACCGUUUGACUGAAAGCUGGUAUCUCACUUAGUGAACAAUGUCAGAAUUGAACCGAAAUACUGUAUAGUAUAUACAGAUUUUACCUCUACCACAUUCAACAAAAACAAAACAAAUAAUACUUAUUUGAAAUAAUAUAGCCCGUUUACAGUUGUAAAGAGGGGAUAUGAUCGUGCAAAUUGUUUGCUGCUGAAAGACUGUGGCAUCAAGGAAAAAUGUGCAGACUGCUGCAAAAUAAACAUUUAGACCGCUCUACAAUGAAAAGAAAAGCUUAUCAAUCGUUUGUAUAAUACAUUUAGUAUUGACGCAGUGCUGCACAAGAAACAAAGGUGAAACCAGCCCCUGAAUCUGAAGAAUUAAUGGAAAUAGAAGAUCAGGGAAGCAGUUUGUCCAAGAUUCCCUUCUUUUAAGACUUACAAAACUGUCUAAUAUAUAUUCAAAGGGUAUUAGAAAUAUAUCCUUUAUAAAGAGACAUUUAUGUGUUUGUUAACCACAUAUUAUUGUAUUGUUUUAAUAUAUUUUGAACACGAUGCUUAUAGACAAGAGAAGACUGUUUUGUAUAGUACUGGGCAGGCCAUUUUAAAAAUUAUUUAAAUGUGUCUCUCCCUGAGUUGAACUGUCCUAGACUAUUGUGGCAUGUGGCUUAAGAUCAAAAGGCCACACAGUCAGUGGAAACUUCCCACACUCAAGAUUUCCUUAUUCCUUCCUUAUAAGCACUUUGCCCAAACUCCUGAGCAUCAGCUGAAAACUCCUGCCAGCUGGGUAUUUUCUACAGACUAUGUUGGCAGCUAAUAACAGCACGGACGUGAAAUGUACCCCAAGGCACAGAUCCUGUCCCAUAAUAUUCACUCAAUACCACAACUGUGAUAUUUUGGUCAGCAGCUUUGGGGCGAUAAUUUAAAACUGGGAGGACGUGUAAGUCUCUGUGUGAACAGUGUGUGUGAGCCCAAUGAAUAUAGAAUACUUUUGGGCCUGUCUGGCUUCUAUUCUUCUGUUUUAUUCCAGAUGCACUUAAUAUGUGAGGUCUCAACAAAAAGUAAGGGAAAUAAAAGGCAUUCCACAUGCUUUGAUUUGAUUCUGUCAACCAAAUGUCAAAAGAACAAUAGUUUAAAGGCAGCAAUUUAUGGUCAACCUACAUGAUUCUUCAGUGCUACAGAAAAAAAACAAUAACAUAUUCGCCAACUGGUACCCAACUAUUUACAUUUAAAUGAUUGUCCACAUUUAAUGACUGACAUUGCUCUAUAAAAAUGAUUCCCACAAAAAACAUAUGUGACAGGUCUCUCGGCACAAUCUGUUUGGGCAUGAAUUUCAAAUGGCCUCUAAACAAAAACUAAUAUGGAACAACAACAAGCCUGCUACCGGCCUGUGAAAUUGAUAUACAUGACUGAUAUUGGAUGAUAACCUCCAGUAAAAGCUUUCCUCCGUGUGCAAUAAGGCUGCUGUAGAACCUGUAACCUCCCAGUCUGUUCAUCCAUCAGUGCCAUUUAAUUGUGUAAAAAGAGCUUUAAUCUCUGUUGUUAUGUACAUUAGUAAAUGAAUGCACAGUAAACAGUUUUCAGUAACAAGUUUUUGGUGAUUCAGUUUUCCUUUUCAGAGAAGAUUGAAGUUGUCCUUAAACACUGAUUCAGAGUCAGUUUUACCAGCUCUUCCCCUUGUGUUGUGGUAAAGCUUGUUGUUAACCAGUGGGUUAGGACAGUUUAAUGUGAUGGUUGCCUUCACAGUCUGUCCAUGUGUUGUUUUGUCUUCAUACCAAGCUGCUGUAGUUUUAUUGAAGGACUGAAAUGAACCUUGUGGUGUUAUGAUCAACCUAAAGCAACGUGCUCCUGUUGUGGUGUUGAGACUCUGUUAGAAAACUCUGUUCAUUUUAGUAUUUGUUUGCCAGAUCAGUUUCUUCAGAAACUGUCUGCUAUUUUAAGUCAUUCAUAUUGUUUUUGCUGUUUAUUUCUUAAAUCCUAACUUGCCAUUUCUUCCUCAUUUGUAUGUAAUUGCUUCCCAGAAUGUAUUAUUUUAAAUGCCUACUGUACAGUUGGAUUUCAUUGUUUCUCUCCUCCUAGGUUGAUGGAAAUGUUUAAGAGAAGUUCAUGCUGCCAAAUUUAAAAAUGUAUUUUUUAUUAAAUAAUUAUUUU